AUGCGGCUUAUCUGCGUAUUAUUCCCAACAUGUUCUUGAAGAUAUAACAUUAUUUUUUAACAGUCUGUUCUGUCAAUAUGCUUUUAAUUGCAUUUGCAUUCUGUCAAUUUUAUUGGACUAUCUGUACUGGCCAUAAUAACUGGAAAAAAACAAGAUAUUGUGUGGACACCCUUUUGAGUUUUUGGAAUAUUUUUGCUAAAAAAAACAUCUAUGCUAAUAGAUAUCGGAGGAAACAGAAUUGUGCGUGCCCUUCUUCCAGGAAGCACGACAACUAAAAUUGUAAAGGGGCUAUUCUAUAUUCGAUUUUUUUAUUAUGCGAAACCAUGACAACAAAAUUCGAAAUAGAAAUUAAAAAGUCACAUAAAUGACGAAAAUAAAUAUUAAUAUAAAAUUUAAUUGUGUGUUUGAAAAAACAAAAAUGCUAAAUUAUUAUUAAAAUCAGUUUGAUCUUCAUUUCGUUUGCACCUGUUGUGCUAAAAAGCGUUUAUUUACACCUGUCUUGUAAUUUUUAAACUUUAUCGUGUUCCUGGAGUCGCUGUUGAGUCAAUAGCCUGUCCUGUGGAACGCCAUCUUGCCAGUUGUGAUGUCAAGUUCUCUGCGUUACGACGUGAUUGAUAAUGUUACUCUGGAGCGUACGAUUUAUCUCCGAUGCUGGAAAGAUAUACCGUAUUUUUUUCUAACAUUUGAAUCAAAAGUAAAUUUUUUAUCCAUAUUUGUUGUGAACAUCCUGACUGGAAUCCUAGGGACGAUUUUCAAUGCUGCAUUUUUGUACACAACGUUUAGGCAUAAACGAUUCAGACAAAAAAUAUCGAGCUGGCUUUUAAUAAAUCUGGCUAGCAUAGAUUUUGUGGUAGCCAGUGUUAUAUUAAUACUAAACGGAACUCAUAUAAAACUUAUGCUUAAUGGUGACGGAUAUUGUAAAUUACGGACGAUGAUAAACACGGCAAGUUUUACCCUGUCGGCGAUAUCAUUUACGACACUCACGUUUAUAACGUUAGAUUCCUACAUUGCCAUAGUACAGCCAUUUUUUUACAAAGAAUUUUUCACGCCUUUGAAAGUUAUGAUACCGCUUUGGAUAAUUUGGAUUGUACAAAUUCUUAUGUGCAUUUUAACAGAGCUUUAUUCGUUGUGGACGAUAUAUCAAAUAAUGAUAUCCAUAGUUGUAAUACUGGCCAUUUUGUUUUAUAUGUUAGCUUACACGCAUAUAUUCAAAAUUGUUACAUCAAUGCGCCGUAAAGUGAGCUGUGUUAGUUGUAAUUCAACAAGAGUUCGUACGGCAGGCGAUCGGAAAACCAUAGUAACUAGUAUUGCGAUCGUCUUCACGUUCAUGAUGUCGUAUUUGCCAGUGGGUGUUUACAACAUUUUUAUUUUGGCGGGAAAUGAAACUGAAUUCACUCGCACGUAUGUUUAUCAUUGGUUGCACUUACUAAGGUUAUCAAGCGCCUUAUUAAAUGUGUUUGUUUAUUAUUUAAGAUUGAGCGAAAUUAAACAGGAAAGCUUGAAAAUUUUUUUGCCAUGUUGCGUGGAGAAGAUUGAUUACAAGCAAAGAAAGGAAUCGUAUUUAAGGAAAGUGUCCACUACACGAGCGGGUGAUGAUCUGCCAUAUAACAUUUAUAAUGAAACUGGAAAGUUUGAAACAUUGCCUCGAUGAUGCUUUUAUCCAUAUUUGUUUAUAAACCAUAUUCGAAAAAUGUUGUAUGCAUAAAUUAAAACCAUGCAUUUUACAUUUCCAAAUCAUGCACAUUUAAAACCGUUGUUAAGCUUGGUUUGCAAUAAAGUUGUUAUGCAAUUGUUGCAGAGACAAAAAAAUCUCUUCAACAUUUGAUGUGACCAUCCCUUACGGCUCUUUGUUGGAAAACAUGUGUUUUAAACAUAGUAGUACGGGGACUGUUGUACAGCAGUAAGCUAAGUGUAUAUUUUCUUCAGUAACACUGUAAAAUAAUUUGACAAGUGUAAGUUUGCGUUGUUGAUUUUGAUUUUUUAUUUCAAUAAACUAGUACCAGUCCUGUUGGUAGGUUA